AUGCCAAGACUGCGCUCGGCCGGCCCACUUGAACAGGACACGGCCCUCCAUAGAUCGCAGCUCCCACGACCCGUCUUACCAAGCAUCGAAGACCAAGACCAAGACCAAGACCAAGACCAAGACCAAGACCAAGACCAAGACCAAGACCAAGAUCAAGACCAAGACCAAGACCAAGGCCAAGACCAAGAUCAAGACCGAGAUCAAGACCGAGAUCAAGACCAAAGAAACAGUUCAGGGACCAUCGAAUCGCACAUAACCAUCCAGGAAGGACAGGGACCUAAAAUGGCUGACAGCACCAAUCAGGAGGGCAGCAGCGGCUUGUUCACCGAAUUGUCUCCCGAGCAGAGACAGCAAUUAACCGACCACAUCAGCCGAGAAGUGGCCCGUUUGGUCGCCCAAGUACGAGUGACCGAGCCAAGAGACAGCCAAUAUGGUGAAGAUGAAGUCAGCACACCAGGCCAACGGGAAGGAACAGCCUUUGACGACCGCGAAGAAUUCCGGCCGUCAGGAUAUGCGGCCCUUUUAGCCUUCCGGAGAUAUGAGUCGAUGGAUGGCACCAACCCAAACUAUAGAGAGGGACGGAAACGUCGGGGAGAGAAACCCACCAUGUUCUCCGGCGAAGGGACUCCCUCGUUUGAAAGCUGGAUUAAGCAAGUAGAGGGCAAGUUCGAGGAGGACAACGAUACUUUCGCCUCUGAGAAGACGCGGAUCAACUUCGUGAUUACGCGUCUCGAGGGCGCCGCGUAUAAGACCGUAGAAGGACGCCACCACUCGCUGACUCGGCCUUUCACAACAUUGGCCGAACUAAUCCAGGUCCUCCAGACAGCGCACACAAACCCAAACAAAGGCGCCGACGCCCGCGCCCAGCUGCGUGUCUGCAAAUACGAUUGGAAGAAGGACUUCAAUAUUUUCUUGGGGGAAUUCAACUCCAUGUACGAGGCGGCGGGGUACCAACCUUCAAUGCAGAAACAGACCCUGUGGGACUCUCUUCCUGCGCCGAUCAACCAAGCGGUGGUCGAGAGGGUCUACGAUACGAAAGUGCGCUACGAGGACUUCUGUGAGUCAGCACAGCACCAGGUGUUCGUGGCCCGCCACAACUUUUCCGAAGCGCAAAAGAAGCGCAACCACUCUAGUAGUAGUGGUAGCCGAGGGGUUCGGAACAAUGGCGGCAACCGUAACAAUGCCCGGGGUCGCCACCGGGAACAAACUGACAACGAAGGGGCUAGCCGGGAAGCUGGAGGGAACCGUAUCUCCGAGGAAGAGAGGGAACGUCGCCGCAUCAAUAACCUGUGCUACCGGUGCGGAGAAUCUGGGCAUAUCGCCCCAUUCUGUCGCACCCGCAACAACAACACCCGGAAAGGCAGCCACGAAGACCGUGGAGAGCAGGCGGCCCCAGUCAGCGCAGCGACAACCAACACCGCCACGGGCAAGGGCAAAGUUUGCGACCCAGACUCGAGCAGUUCGGAGUCGGAAAACGAGUAG